AUGUCCCCUCCACGAGAGCCCCGUAAUGAAGUAUAUUUCAUCAGCGAUAACUACAGCCUGUCAAACUACAACGACCGGCAAGUGGGAAAAGGACGUAGGACCCGUGUCCGAAAGGCCACAAUGGACCCAUCAUCGUGUUCAUUCCGAUUUAUCGUUUUGUUUUUCAACUGCAUCCUGACAUUUGGACCUUACUUCUGCUAUGACAUGCCGACUGUUCUGCAGAAUGAACUUCAAGGGAUCCCCAACAAGACAUGCGAGUCUCAUGAGAUUGUCCCCACACCCGGAGAGUGCUGUGAGGACUGUACUGGAUUGUCCCCAGCCCAGUACAAUCUACUCUUCGCCGUCUUCUCAUGGGUGAACGCAGUAACUGUGUUGUUUACUGGCUUUUUGACAGACAAGCUCGGCAACAGAGCGGCUGUUUUGUUGUAUUCUUCUGUCACCCUAUUCGGAACCUCUUUAUUCGCGGUUACAACUAUAAAUUCCCUGCGCUCAACGUCGGCCAUGUUUCCUCUGAUGCUAAUUGGAAGGAUGAUGCUUGGUUCCGGAAAUGGAGGAAUGAGAAUCGUCCAGGAUAGAGUAACAGCAUUUUGGUUCAAGGAUAAGGAAUUAGCUAUGGCGUUCGGGAUAAUGCUGUCAUUUUCAAGACUCGGAAGUGUCCUCAACUUUUUCGUCACCACGUAUCUGUACGAUAGAUUUGGUAUGGCGUGGACCUUUGGAGCAGGAGCAGGUUUGUGCGGUUUUGGAUUCCUUUCCGCUAUUAUCCUCAGCGCUCUAGACCGACACGGGAUACGACAACUGGGUCAAGAGGAGCAGAUAGCGCUACAGUCAAAGGAAGUGCGAGUGGCCCACAUUCGUGAUUUCCCGGGACUGUUUUGGCUGCUGGUAGCCACCAUCACCUUGUUCUACAGCGCCGUCAUGCCAUUUGUAGCGGAUUCCAGCAAAUUUCUUCAGGAUGAGUACGGGCUGUCGAAGCCAGUUUCCGCUUACACGGCCGGUGUGGUGUAUGACGUAGCCCUGAUCUUAUCGCCGGUAUUUGGACUUACCCUUGACAAAUAUGGCCGGCGCGGCAUCGUGGCUGUGUGCUGUACAGGAGUCCUGGUGCCGAUUUACCUGACGUUUCUCUUCACAAAGCUGUACCCAGUCAUCUUAACCGUCACCCUGGGUCUUUCCUACACCUUGGCUGCUAUCAGCAUGUGGCCCUCAGUGACAAAAGUUGUGGGAGCGGCCUAUUUGGGCACGGCCAUGGGACUGACCACGUGCAUUCUGGAUGUGGGACGGGGAAUCAGUAAUCUGAUCGUUGGUAAACUCUUAGGAGAUGUGGAAAGUUUAACCGAGGCUGUGAAACACGAAAGAUGGUCGCACGUUCUUAUAUUCCUGUCUUGUAACUCUGGGGCUGCAUUUUUCAGCUCCGUCAUUCUUAGUAUUUGUGAUCGGUGUAAGUAUGAUAAACUCUUAGAUAAACCCAAACCGCGGGACCCGGACAAAUACUUACCAGAAUCGUGGAAAGAAGCGGAUCCCUUACUUGGGGAGAGCAACCCGGCUAUAAACUGACGCCCCAAUAAGCUGGAUAGCUGUUUCCAGUGUGCAUGAUCGAGACUUCAUCGCUGCGGGACAAAGCCACGUGACCGUGUUAAAGCAUUCGGCAGGUACACACAAUUCUGUAACAUUCGUGUAUUUUACUCCACUCGUUGUGACAUCGGAGACUUUACAUGGGUUCAAGGACAGUACCAAAUCGAAAAUUUAGCAAUACAUUUUGUGAACUUGGAUUGGAGUUCAGUUCUAUUGCCAAAGACUGCAAUGUUGUUCCAUAGGCGUGAGUGAUCAUGUGCUUUUGUGUAUCUCACUUCCGACACCUUACGCACAUGCGGACUGAGGUACCAUCCGAAAAAGCUAU